CAGUGUACAAUAAAGCAAAAAUGCUAAAAGUUUGACUAAAUUAUUUGUUAUAAAUGCAUUAAAAUUAAUUACCUAUAUAAAAUAGCGUUAAAAUUAAUUACCUAUAUAAUACCCCUAUACAAAAAUUAAUUGCAAUGAUUCAAAAACUACUUACAAAAAUUAACACAACGCAACGUUAAAAAUCAAAUAAAUAAAAGAGUGUAGUUAAAUAAUAAUUAUUAACUAUUAAUUAAUUCAUAAAUAUUUAAUAAUGGACGCAAACUGGACGUCCCACAUGGGACUGCGAUCUCCAAAUCUGACUAACACAACGGUCAAUCUACAAGAGAGUUUCGAGAUAGAUUUGGAAGAUACCAACUGGAUAUUGACUUCGUCUUUCAUCAUAUUCACUAUGCAGACAGGUUUCGGCAUGCUGGAGUCCGGCUGCGUGUCAAUCAAGAAUGAAGCUAAUAUAAUGAUGAAGAAUCUGGCUGACAUCUCACUUGGAGGUUUGACGUACUGGAUAUUCGGCUACGGCAUGUCGUUCGGUGAGGGGCCACUGUCCAACCCGUUCAUUGGCGUGGGCAACUUCCUCGUGGACCCACCCGUGGGCGACGCGCUCAUGGGGCCUGUGUUCGCGUCCUUCCUCUUCCAACUGUCCUUCGCGACCACCGCCACCACCAUAGUUAGUGGUGCCAUGGCGGAAAGGUGUAACUUCAAAGCGUACUGCCUGUUCUCGUUCCUCAACACAAUAGUGUACUGCGUGCCAGCGGGCUGGGUGUGGGGCAAGCACGGCUUCCUGAACAAGCUGGGUGCAGUCGACAUCGCCGGCUCUGGGCCGGUGCACUUAGUUGGCGGAUCUUCAGCCUUCGCAUCAGCACUGAUGCUGGGCCCACGGCUGGGCCGCUACGCGCGAGGGACAGCGCCGCUGCCGCUGGGCAAUCCGGUCAACGCUGUGAUGGGUACUUUCGUACUCUGGUGGGGAUGGCUAGCCUUCAACUCCGGCAGCACUUACGGAGUGAGUGGAGCCAAAUGGCAGUAUGCUGCGCGCGCGGCGGUGAUGACUAUGAUGGGCUCUUUCGGCGGAGGAUGCUUCGGACUCUUAUUCAGUUUGAUCAAAAACAAAGGUCGUGCAGACGUUAUGGAACUAAUAAACAGCGUCCUUGGCUCUCUCGUCUCAAUUACAGCGGGCUGUUUCCUGUUCCGCGCAUGGGAGUCGCUGGUGAUCGGUAUGAUAGGCGCCGGCAUAGCGUCCGUGGCCGCGCCCAUGUUCGACCGGUUGAGGGUUGACGAUCCCGUGGGCGCUUCCGCUGUGCACGGCGCUUGUGGACUUUGGGGCGUGAUCGCGGUGGGAUUGUUCGCAGACAACCCAAUACCGAUGGACACCACCAACGGAAGAUCUGGACUCUUCAAAGGCGGCGGCUGGUACCUGCUCGGCGUGCAGAGUCUGACAGGUCUGUGCCUGGCGGCAUGGGGCGCGCUGGUGACCAUGGCACUGCUAUGGGGCAUCGACCUGCUGCUGCCUAUCCGCAUGGAGCCCUACGAGGAGCUGCUGGGCGCUGACCUCACUGAGCACCGCAUCAGGCAUGGACAGGUGGGUGUCUCCAGGACGGUGUCAGCGCUGCGGCCCUACCACCGCUCCAGCAGUAUAGAGCAAGUAGGCAGCAUCGGCGUAAACACCGGACACAGCCUGGUAGUCGACAAGCUGCAAGAGAUUCAAAAUAAGAGAUCGUGGACUAAAUGCGGCGGCAAACUGCAAACGUUCACCGAUGAUGCCGUAGAAGGAACCAGACCUGGCACUUUCAAGAACAAAGGAUUCCUGAACAAGCGACCGGGGAACCCCGAGAACGACCUCCAUCGCGCUAUAGACUCUAUGGCCAGCGAGAUCAAUGGCAGACAAUCCAAAAAUGAGAACACAGAAAAUGGCCACAUAAUUAGGGUUGUACCCAAAGAAUUGAAAGGGAAAAAAUUUAAAGAGCUAUCAGUAAGCGAGUUAGAAGAACUAGGAGAAAUGAACGCUAGCGAAGACCGAUUCCGGUACCGAUUCACAGAACAGGAUUAUGUGGAAGACAUUGAAAGAUGUAAAACUGCGACCACAUCCGUGCCGUGGAUUGAUUAGUAUCACAGAAUUAUACGAUACUACCACUGAUUAGUAUUAAUAAAACUAUUUUUAUGUCCUUCA